AUGGCUGAACUCAGCUUCCGGCCGGACCCGGCCUACCAGAAGGUGGCGGCUAUGCAGAAGAACCGCGUUCAAUACUUCCGAUUCACCGCCCGAACCGCUCGCAUCACAUUCAUCUACGUCGCCGUCAUUCCUGCCCUGGUGGGAUACCUCGCCUACCAGACCGAUGGACUGUACAAUCUCAAGGCGCCGAGAAAGGGCGACACUGUCUACCGGAAGUAA